ACAUCCGGUUCCGGACGUUGCUGGAGCAGGAGGAGGCGGCGGCGGCGGUUGGUCGAGUUGAGAGUCGAAGCUGCGGCUGUCCGAGAAAUGAGUUGUACUAUAGAAAAGGUUCUGGCUGAUGCUAAGGCGCUGGUUGAACGGCUGAAAGAACAUGACUGUGCAGCCGAGGCACUCAUUGAACAGACCACUGCUCUCAACAAACGGGUUGAGGCUAUGAAACAGUACCAGGAAAAUAUUCAGGAAUUAAAUGAAGUAGCCAGACAUCGACCCCGCUCCACCCUGGUGAUGGGAAUCCAGCAAGAGAACCGACAAAUUAGAGAACUGCAACAGGAAAAUAAAGAAUUACGGACAUCACUUGAAGAACACCAAUCAGCCCUGGAGCUGAUCAUGACUAAAUACAGGGAACAGAUGUUUCGAUUACUGAUGGCCAGUAAAAAAGAUGAUCCUGUAAUGAUUACAAAAUUGAAAGAACAGCAUUCCAAGGAACUUCAAGUACAUGUGGAUAAGAUCAAUGAAAUGGCUGCAGUGAUGAGAAAAGCCAUUGAAAUAGAUGAACAACGUCUAUGUAAAGAACAGGAACGAAUUGUUCAAUUAGAACUUGAAAAUCAAGGCUUGAGAGAAAUUCUACAGGUAAACAAAGAAUCAUUCCUCUUCCUGAGGAAAGAGGACACAGAGAAUACAUCAUUAUCUGGAUUAGUGACUAAUUCUGACCUCAGCAUGCGGAAGAGCUGAAGCCUGCUCAUAUCCAGAAGCUUCCAUUUACUAAGCUCACUUUCAGCGCACAUGAACGUUCUAUUGCUGACUUGGGAGUCUGCACUUCGUGAAAUAUGUACAGAUUUCUGUAAAUUUUUUAAAAAUGAUAGGGGUUUCAUGACUGGUUGACUGAACUGACAGUAAAAUAAGAGCUCACCUUGUUUUUCUAUGUGGUUGGCCAAGAUAAAAUGUUGUAUAUUUUGUUUUUGUCAAUCUCAUGCACUGUUUAAAUACCAUUAUGUUCAGACCAGGGCAGCUAUGGCCAUAUUAGAUUUUCUGCCAGAAAUUCAGAUUAAUAAAUGUACAUUGCUGCUGCCACCAGAAAACACCUCAGGGAAAAUAAACCAACCACUAGUUCAUACUUAGAACUGAUUACCCCUUCUGUAGAAAGUUAAUAAUUUAUAAUGUAAAAAUAACAAAGCAGAUAAGACAGUUGUAGAAUAGUCAAAUGUCGCUAUAACAAACUCAGGAGUAACUCUCCAAGGUUUUAGUUCUCUCUGUUGUACUGGGACUUGAGCAGAGAACAGGGGGAAGGUUUGUCAUUGUGAAGUUUGACUAGUUCAUGCUAAAAGCUCUAUAGUUGGUUACAUAAAAUAAUUUCUAUUUUUUACCACGUUUUCAUAACAAGAUCAGUAAGUCUCAGAAUGGGUUGUUGACAGAAUUGCUCUAUUAUACACUGUCUGUGGAUGUCUAUAUUUGUUUUAAUAAAAAGAACAUAUUGAUUAAAUUGUUUGUAAUAUACAGGG